CGAGCGCCUCCCGACGUGGAUCGAUGCCAUCUGGACGACCGGCGCCGAGUGUGGCAGCAGCAAUCGACCCUGCAAGGUCACGCGGACGUGCGCCAUUCGCACCGAUGGCACCGACCCCGAUGCAUUCGGCGACCUCUCGCGCUUGACGACCAACAAGACUGUCGUGCUUGGCGAUCUGCCAUCGCUCGACCUCUCCAAGGCCAUUUUGCCGCCGACGGCUACCACCUUGACGCUUCAAAACGUGGCCGAGUUUACGGGCCUGAACACGACAACGCUGCCACCCUCGCUCGCUGAAAUGUACUUUGUGAACACGAGCGUCGGCGACUUUCCACCGGGCCUCACGUGGCCGGCGUCGCUCCAGAGCUUGUAUGUCUUCAACACCAAGACGGUUGACGUCAAGCACUUGAAGAUGCCACCGACAUCAACGCUUCUGGAUUUUUGGAAUGUGACCGAGAUUGAAAAUCUCGAUGAACUCUACUUGCCCGACUCGCUCACCGUCAUGUACUUCUCCAACUGCACCGUGCAAGUCAUACCGCCGUCGCUUGUGUGGCCAAAGUCACUCGAGAAGCUGACGUUGAUUGACAACCAUCUCCAGGACCUCCCGCACAACUUACCGGAUGGCGUCACCUUCUUGUCGAUCCACAAAAACUACGUUGAUAACCUUGGCAUUUCGCUGCCGAAGAACCUCUCCGUGCUGAAAUUCCGAGACAACCGCGUCAAGGAAGUCGUCAACUGGGAUUUUACCAACCUCUACUACUUUCGCAUGAAGAGAAACCCGGUCACGCGCAUCGACAAUGUGACCUUUUCGUCCAAGCUGCAUUACUUCGACUGCGAGGGCUGCCCGUUGACCGUCUUCAACGUGGACAUGACGUCCUUUGCCGCGCUCGACGCGCUCGACCCGUGGGACCGCAACGAGUCCCGAGCGACCAUCGAGUUUCGCGGCUUCAACAUCAUCGACAACAUCCACUCGGACAAGGCGGCUUGCGACAAGCUCCACGGUGACAUCCGACAACUCUGGGCUGGCAAGUCCAACGUCACGGUCCACGUGUGCGUCAUUGGGUCGCCCGUCAACUAUACGUUGGUCAUUGUGGGCAUUUCGAUUGGCGCCGUUGUGCUCAUCGCGGCUCUCACAACGUACUGUUGCAUCAAGCGCCGGAACCUCCAGAAGCAGCUCGAGACGUACGUGGCCGCGUCGCCCUUUGGAAGCGGCAACCAGUUCACGAACGGAUCGACGCUUGACAUUGCCGGCAACUCGACGCUCGGCGGCCUCGUCCACGACCUCGGGGACCUCGAGUUCUUGCGCGUCUCGGGCGUCGAGCUGCACAAGAAGCUCGCAGAAGGCGCGUACGGCGAAGUCUGGAAGGGCAGCUACAACGGUGCGAUCGUCGCGGUCAAGCGACUCCUGCCCAACAAGUCGUCGCCCAAGGACAUUCUCAACUUUAUCAACGAGUGCAAACUCAUGGCGCGGUUCGAGUCGCCGUAUGUGGUCAAGCUCUACGGUGUGAGCUGGACGCGGCCCGUGGAUUUCAUGGCCGUCAUGGAGUUCAUGGACCGUGGGGACCUCAAGUCGUACUUGGCCAAUCACUCGCCAAUGGCAGUCUCGUGGGAGUUCAAGCACAAAAUCAUGAGCCACAUCCUCGAAGGCCUUGUGUACUUGCACUCGAUGCAGAUUAUCCACCGCGACCUCAAGUCCCGCAACGUCCUCCUCGACUCGAGCGACGGCGAGACGGUCAAGCUCACCGACUUUGGCGUCUCAAAAGAAGAUUUGCAAGAAACCAUGACGGUCGGCGUCGGCACGUACCGCUGGAUGGCGCCCGAGAUCCUCAAGGAAGGGCACUACAGCGUCGCCGCCGACAUCUACUCGUUCGGGAUCCUCCUCUCGGAGCUCGAUACGCACAAGAUCCCGUACGCGGAGAGCCGCCACCCGAUCACGCACAAGCCGCUCGUCGACACAGCGAUUAUGAGCAUGGUCAUCAACGGAACGCUCUCGCCGUCCUUCUCGACCGAGUGCCCGCAGUGGGUCCAUGCGAUCGCGCUGCGCUGCUUGGAGCACGACCCGGAACUGCGCCCGUCGGCCCGCCAACUCGUGCUCGAGCUCCGGCGCCAAUCGCCCCACGCCAAGUGAGCGCGUGGCAUUUUUAUUCACAGACACUCUACUAAUCGCGUGUAACCCUGUCGUACAAGUGGC